GCAAACUCCAUUUCAGAGAAACAUCUGAAACCAUGGCAGUUUUCAUGGAGUCUUGCUUCUUCAUAUCUCUUUGUUUGACAAUGUUUGCAGGAAAAUCAUCAGGUGCAACUGUACCAGCGAUUUACGUUUUCGGCGACUCUCUUCUAGACAGUGGAAAUAACAACUUCCUACAGACUCAUGCGAAAUCGAAUUAUACUCCUUACGGAAUUGAUCUCCCCGGUGAACCAACUGGCAGAUUUACAAAUGGUGCUACCGGAGGAGAUUUCAUAGCACAACUACUUGGCUUACCUCAUCCACCAGCGUAUUUGAGUCUGUCCGAGGCAAGUAGAAAAAUCACAACCACUGGAAUCAACUACGCCUCUGGUGGAUCGGGAAUUCUUUCAGAGACAGGAACCAUAUUGGGAGACAUCUUAACUCUAGAUGAACAAAUCAACUACUUUAAUAGCACAGUGACAAAUGAUUUGCCAUCAAUCCUCUCCUCUACCUUGGCUAGGUCUAUCUUUCUUAUUUCCACUGGUAGUAAUGACUAUCUCAACAACUAUCUACAACCUCAGUUCUCCAACAUUAGCCAAACUUAUCCUCCUCAGGAAUUUGCUAAUCUACUGUUAGACACUUUUGAACAACAAUUGACGACUAUUUACAAAUUAGGAGGGAGAAAAUUCGUAGUAUAUGGUCUGGGUGCUCUGGGAUGUUUACCAAUUGUGAUAGCCAGUGCUAAUCCAAAGCCGACAACUCUAUGUGUAGAGGAUGUAAACAAUUUGAUUAACAUUUAUAACAAUGGACUUCCGAUUAUGUUACAGAGACUUGCCUCCCGCUUACAAGGCUUUACUUUCGUCCAAGCCGAUCUUUUUUCACUUGGUUAUGAUCAGUUUCAAGAUCCUGUUAAAUUUGGAUAUGCCGAUGGAAGAACACCGUGCUGUGAUUUUGGUGUGUCGGGAAUGUGUAUACCUGGACAAAACCCAUGUAGUGAUAGAGAUGAUCGUCUUUUCUAUGACGCAAUUCAUCCGGUUCAACUAGUGAACUACCAAUUCGCAGGAGAUUGCUUCUCUGGUAACUCAAGGUGCACCCCGAUAAACAUUAAACAAUUAGCAUUGAAGCAGUCAUGAUGUAUGAAGUCCACAACACGGUUUUUAUUUUUUGUUUAACUGAUUUGUAUUCUGCUUUAUGUCUCUUUUGCUUUCUUUUGUUUUUGUGGUCUAUGGUUUGAUGGUUGCUUAAAUAAAUGAAGUCGACCGCACGUUUACGUGGUCAAUGUUAUCUACAAA